AUGGAGAAGCCUGACGAGGAAAAAGGGAGAAAAUUAUUGCUACAGAUUGCGAAUGAAAAUCAAUGGAAAUAUGAACCUGUGGAAAAUCGUGAUUUGGACAAUGAAAAUUACCUUUCGUAUGUGGGCGUUAUUUACAAUAUUGGAGCUCUCUAUGCAGCUCAUGACCAUAAUUAUGAGAAGGCCUUGGAAUGGUUUUUGAAAGCGGCUGAACAUGGUCAUGCUCUUGCAGAAUUCAAUAUUGGAGGUCUGUAUUUCAAUGGAAUGGGUGUUGAAAAAGAUGACGAAGUAUCAUUGGAAUGGUAUCGAAGAUCUGCUUCAGGAGGAUAUCCUAAAUCGCAAUUCUAUGUUGGUAAAAUGUUAUUGAACAAGGCCAAUGGCUUGCCUGUGACCACCGUACCCUCUCACAAAGUACAGCUUGUGACAGAAGCCAUUCAAAAUCUAGAAAUGGCUGCACUACAAGGUGUACAAGACGCUCAACUGUAUCUUGCUCAUCUUUACAUGCAAGGUCAGUUAGUGAAGCAAGACAUGAAACAAGCCAUUGCCUUGCUAACUCAGUUGGCAAAAAAGGGAAAUGUCACUGCACAAUCGAAUUUAGGAGCCUUUUACAUGUCCGGUGUCAAAGAUGUUCUUCCGAAAGAUCGAGCUAUAGGAGCUCAAUGGCUCUCCAAAGCUGCUGCUUAUGGGGACGUAAGUGCCCAAUACAAUUUGGGAGUCUAUCAUUACGAAUGUAAGGAAUACGAAAAAUCAAUGAAUUGGUACAUGAAAGCUGCCAAUCAAGGAUAUUUCCAUGCGGAACGAUGUAUGGGUCUUCUCUAUUUGAAAGGAGAAGGUACAACACAAGAUUAUCCAAAAGCAAUGGAUUAUCUGAAAAAAGCUACAUCAAAAGGGGAUUCUUUUGCCAUGAAGAUCCUUGCCGUCAUGUAUCGUGAUGGAUUGGGAGUGGAGAAGGAUUUGAAUGUUGCCGAGCAAUGGAGGCCAAUGGCCCAUCAAUAUGAAAAGAAAUAA